CAUGAGAGGAGGGCGUCAUUUUCUCGGGCGGCCAUCAGUCGCCAGUCGAGUGUUGAGGAAGGUUUGUCGGUCUGGCUGCUACCACGAAGCCAUUAAUAAAAUGAGUUUUGUCGUUAUUUGUUUACUGGCGUUGAGUGGGAUUGUGGCUUAUCCAGUCACUGAAACUUCAGAAAGCAAUGCAGAACAAAAAGAUAAAUUGUGCCAUGGUUUGCGCAUGCCGCAGCCACCUGACUACAAUCCUUACUUUGAAAAGGUGUUUCAAGAUUUGAAUAGCGAUCCAACAUUCCUAGAUACCAUGGGGAAAGCUAACCGGACAGAUGUAGAGUCUGGUAAAAUUGCCCACGUUGUGAAGAUUCUUAGCCCCUCCGUUCGAACACGUCUGAAUGAAAUUAAGAAAACAGAAAUGAGCCGCCUUCAAAACAACAAUGCUUCUACAGACCACAUUGAUUACGCAAAUCCAGAUACUUUUGAAGAAGAGGACUUAAAAAGACUCAUUGUUAAGGCCAUGAGCGAUAGGAAUGAAAUACGAAACAAGCAAAGAAAAGUCUUAAAAUCUUUAAAAGAAGAAUCGGAACCUAAAUCUAUCUUUUCUCAGCACGAUCUCGAUGGAAAUAGUCUGGUGGACCUCAAUGAAUUUAAAGCCUUACUUAGGUCACUUUAUCAGAAAGAGGUAGGUAGAAUGUGCAUUCAAGGAAUACCCGAAUCUUCUGUGCGAGAAAAGUGGGAAAAAUUGGAGCAGAAUCAACAACGUGAAUUCCAGGACAUGGACAUAAACAAAGACGGUUUCAUUAAUUACGAAGAAUAUAAUCGGUCGUGGUUCCGUGGUUCUAGCAAUAGUCAGCUGUAGUCGGCUGUAGUUAUCUGACUAGCUCUAGGAUGCAUGGUUCUUGUGGCAAUUUUGCUGCAUGUGCCUGUCAAUCUGAAGUUCUGCUCAGUCCUACUGCGAAUCCUGCUGGUGUACAGUACCUAUUGUAGGUAAACUGCAGCCAGUCUUUAAAUUUUGCUGUGCUCCCUGCUGUAUUAAUAAAACCAAAUUUUCACUGUGAAAUGA